AUAAAGGAUGGCAAACGGUGACUCUCCUGAACAGAAUGAAAACCACUGUUCAGCGAUCAACAGCAGCAUCCUACUAACACCGGGCAGCCUCCCCACCCUGACCCUAUCUGGAAAGAUCCGAGUGACAGUUACUUUCUUCCUUUUUCUACUCUCCACAAUUUUCAACACUUCUUUCUUGUUGAAACUUCAGAAUUGGACUCAGAGGAAAGAGAAGAUGAAAAAACUCUCAAAAAUGAAGGUGCUUUUAAAACACUUGACUUUAGCCAACCUGCUGGAGACUCUGAUUGUUAUGCCACUGGAUGGAAUGUGGAAUAUAACUGUUCAAUGGUAUGCUGGAGAGCUCCUUUGCAAAGUCCUCAGCUAUCUGAAGCUUUUCUCCAUGUACGCCCCCGCCUUCAUGAUGGUGGUGAUCAGCCUCGACCGCUCCCUGGCCAUCACCAGGCCUCUAGCAGUGAAAAGCAACAGCAAGCUCGGACAGUUCAUGAUUGGCUUGGCCUGGCUCCUCAGUAGCAUCUUUGCUGGACCACAGUUAUACAUCUUUGGGAUGAUCCAUUUAGCAGAUGACUCUGGACAGACUGAAGGUUUCUCUCAAUGUGUAACACACUGCAGUUUUCCACAGUGGUGGCAUCAAGCCUUUUAUAACUUUUUCACCUUCAGCUGCCUCUUCAUCAUCCCUCUUCUCAUCAUGCUGAUCUGCAAUGCAAAAAUCAUCUUCACCCUAACAAGUGUCCUUCAUCAGGAUCCCCACAAACUACAACUGAAUCAGUCCAAGAACAAUAUACCACGAGCUCGGCUGAGGACCCUAAAGAUGACGGUUGCAUUUGCCACUUCAUUUACUGUCUGCUGGACGCCCUACUAUGUCCUUGGAAUUUGGUAUUGGUUUGAUCCUGACAUGGUAAACAGGGUGUCAGAUCCAGUAAAUCACUUCUUCUUUCUCUUUGCUUUUUUAAAUCCAUGCUUUGAUCCACUUAUAUAUGGAUAUUUCUCUCUAUAAUUGUUAGAUUGCAUAGAAAGUCAAAGAAAGGC